AGCGUGCAAACUGGAGGACUUGGAACAAUUCUCGAGUUGCACUGCGAUUUUUAUUUUUGGCAAUGCAGCCGCCACAGCGUUAGUGAUCCACAACAAAUUAAAACAGAAAGCGAGACCCUGCUAUGCGGUUUAAUUACUGGCCAUCAAAUAACACGGGGAAUUCUUUCUCAAAGUGGGCUUUGAGAUUGGAUCUGCGGGGUUACUCUUGGUUAGAAGAUACCGAUUGUGCAAAUGACGUUUAGGCAUUUUGUCAUCUUAGAAUAAUUUUUUGGAAGGCUCCUAAAAAAGAAGGCCAAAAUGACCAAAACUGAAGAACUGCCAGAGAGCCAUACUUCUGAAGAGUUUUAUGAAAAAUAUGAACCUAAGGAAAUCUUGGGAAGAGGUGUAAGCAGUGUUGUCCGUCGAUGCAUUCAUAAAGUCACUCGACAAGAAUACGCUGUUAAAAUUAUAGACAUCACAGCUGGAAAACUCUCCCCACAAGAAGUUCAGGAGCUGAGAGAAGCCACUCUGAAAGAAAUCAACAUCCUCCAGAAAGUGUCUGGACAUCCUAACAUUAUCCAGCUGAAGGACAGCUUUGAAUCUCACACCUUUUUCUUCCUGGUGUUUGAUUUGAUGAAGAAAGGGGAACUAUUUGAUUACCUUACAGAGAAGGUGACCUUAAGUGAGAAGGAAACUAGGAAAAUCAUGCGUGCUCUUUUGGAAGUGAUUCAGUUCCUCCAUGCCUUGAACAUUGUCCACAGAGAUCUCAAGCCAGAGAACAUCCUGCUAGAUGACGACAUGAACAUCAAACUCACUGACUUUGGCUUCUCGUGUCAGCUACAGGAAAAUGAAAAACUCAAAGAGAUCUGUGGUACUCCUGGCUACUUGGCUCCAGAAAUAUUAGAAUGUUCCAUGGAUUCAGAUCAUCCAGGUUAUGGGAAGGAAAUUGACAUGUGGAGUGCAGGAGUCAUUAUGUACACCUUGCUGGCUGGAUCUCCUCCUUUCUGGCACAGGAAGCAGAUGCUGAUGUUAAGAAUGAUCAUGAAUGGAGAUUACAAAUUUGGGUCUCCAGAGUGGGAUGACCAAUCAGAUACAGUCAAAGACUUGAUUACCCACUGUUUAGUGGUGAAGCCGCAGAAUCGUUACACUGUGCAGGAUGCCCUUACCCACCCCUUCUUCCAGCAGUACAUGGUGGAGGAAGUCCGGCACUUCAGCCCCUUCCGGAAAUUCCGGGUCAUCUGCCUGACGGUCCUGGCCUCAGUUCGGAUCUACCUCACCUACCGCAACAUCAAGCCGAUCACCCAGGAUGUGCUGCAGCGCGACCCUUACGGGCUGAAGCCAGUCCGCAAAAUGAUUGAUGCUUGCGCCUUCCGGAUCUAUGGCCAUUGGGUGAAGAAAGGACAAGUUCAAAACAGAGCUGCCCUCUUUGAAAACACUCCCAAAGUCAUCCUGUUCAACUUGGCUGCCGAAGAGGAACUUCUCUGAUUUCCAAAAUCUCCAGGAAGAAAUCAGUUGAAACAGCCUUUGGCAUCUUCCUAAUUGGGCUGAGCAGGGUCCCAACACAUGUGCAGACUUCAACUCCCACAGUUCCCCAGCCAACAAAGAUGGAAAUGAAAUAGCAAAGUGUAAAGCCGAAUACAAACCAGAAUGCCUUUUUAUUAAGUGCAUUAUUAUUAUUGCUGUUGAUUGCACAGUCAGCCAGAUGUUUAGACUGGAUCUGAUACUUUUGUUUACCAGUUACAGGUAGUCUUCGACUUAUAACCAUUUAUUUAAGCAACUGUUUGAAAUAAUAACAGAACUGAAAAAAGUGACUUGCAACGAGGGGUGAAAUGCUCCCGGUUCAGACCAGAUCGCGCGAUCCGGUAGCGAUGGCGGCGGGUGGUUCGGAGAACCGGUAGCAAAAAUCCCUGCGCCCCCC